ACUGAAAGGACGGGAGGGAGGAGAAGGAGGUGGAGGUUUGCGUUUCCGAAUGAGAGCAAGAAACAAGCCGCUGGGGAAACAGCAGAGCUCGCUGAAGAUGAGAAAUCACUGAUUACAAAUAAUAAUAUUAUUAAGAAAAACAGCGUAGCACUUCCUCAUGCAGUAGUUUAUAAAUUUCCUGCUUUAUUGUGGACUGCCAGCGUCGGCUCGCGCAUGAUUUGGUGUGAACUAGAUUACUGCAAAUCCUCACUAUUGGAAACGAUCAGAAGCGGAAUCCUGAUUGUGGACCAAAACGACAUCUGAGUGUCAACACUGAAGUCAAGAGGCUUUUUAAGAGUGGAUUUGGUUGCCCCAUGACUUACAGGAGUAUCUUUUUAUUUACAUAAACAGCCAAAUACUUAAAGCUGAAAGGCUGUGAGGCCAUGACACCUGGCACCCUGUGAACAGUAGCAAAUGUGACACUCCAGCAUGACAGACAGUAUCAUGAGCAAAGCGGCCACAAUGGAGAUCCCUAUCAACAGUAACGGGGACAGCAGGACUCUGGGCGAGGAUGAUGGCUUUGAACAGGCUCCAAAGGUACAGUGGGGCCUAAAUGAGAAGGUAGGGCAUCCUUCAGGCCAAAGGGAUUUGCAGCAGGUAAUGGUAUCCGGGCCUAACCUAAACGAGACCAGCAUUGUAUCAGGUGGCUAUGGAGGUACUGCAGAAGGCAUCAUCCCUACUAGCUCUAUCAAAGGCCCUGCUAUUCAGCUCAACACUGACUUUAUCGGCAACAGACGCAUCCCAGUGAAUGGACAAGACCUGCGAAUGAAGUGCAGGGCGGUUAGCAUUGGCCCAAACCACACUGCUGCCAUCCGGAUAGCCAACCAAUCAGACGACUUCCCCGGUAUCCCAGGGCCCAGCAUGCACCACAGCAACAGUUCGACCAUGAUGGCGGAGGAGGCCACGAGAGGUGUCGCUGUAGAGAAGUUUGACAUGAUGAAGAAAUGGAGCUUGAACACUUAUAAGUGCACUAAACAGAUGAUCUCGGAGCGAUUCGGCCGUGGCUCUCGCACUGUAGAUCUGGAGCUGGAGGCUCAGAUCGAGGUUCUGCGAGACACCAAGCGCAAGUAUGAGAACGUGCUGCGCCUGGCCCGGGCGCUCACUAAUCACUUCUACAGCAUGGUGCAGACACAGCAUGCACUCGGAGACACGUUCGCUGACCUCAGCCAAAAAUCGCCGGAGCUGCGGGACGAAUUUGGCUACAAUGCAGAAACUCAAAAACUGUUGUGUAAGAACGGAGAAACUCUGCUGGGCGCCAUCAACUUUUUUGUAUCCAGCAUCAACACACUCGUCAACAAGACCAUGGAGGACACACUCAUGACCAUCAAGAUGUAUGAGAACGCAAGGUUGGAGUUUGACGCAUACAGAGCCGAUCUGGAAGAACUGAACAUGGGGCCCCGGGACGCCGUGACCAUGGCUCGCAUCGACAGUGCGCAGGAACAGUAUCAGAUCCACAAGGACAAAUAUGAGCGACUGCGCAGUGACGUUACAAUCAAACUCAAGUUCCUGGAGGAAAACAAGGUGAAAGUGAUGCACAAACAGCUUCUCCUUUUCCACAACGCAAUCUCUGCCUACUUUGCCGGCAACCAGCAGCAACUGGAACAGACCCUAAAGCAGUUCAACAUAAAGCUCAAACCUCCUGGAGCCGACAAGCCCUCCUGGUUAGAGGAGCAGUGAAAGUGCUCACAGCGCCUUUUGUCCUUCUGCAGGUUAUCAAUAGAGUAAUGAGACAGACGCAGCCUAGCCACCGUGGGAUCAGGGCAGCGGAAGGCUUACCAUCCUGUAGCUGUUGUAGGAGCCAAACCCCCUUCCCCCCCCUCUCCAUUCUUUCCUUCUUUUUUUCCUCUGCCUGUCUGUCUCGUUGCUAAAAUUGUGUUUGACCCUGAGAAUACGCACUACUUGUAUCUACUUCACUCUAAAGGCUGUUAAAGUUUUUGUUUGAACAAAAGCUUAGUGACAAUUGACCAAAUCCUCCUGGAAAUAUUGUGUCAAUCAGAACUUUAGUAGACUUCCAGCUGUUUUUGCUCUCUGUCUUUUUCUUUCUCUCUGCUAUAUAGUCAACCCUACUGACCACAAAACAACUCUUUUUCCCACCAACUUUUCUCCACAUUCGACUCCUGGACCUGGACUUGUAAAUGACUAAGAACUCUCAGUCCUACAUUUUUUCAAAGAAUGAAUUACCAGUCGGGGUGUAAAUGAUGUGGUGAUUAUUUCAGAAAUGACCUGGGAAAUGUAACCAUCAUAAUAAUUGUGAUUCAUUUGAUACAGAAUGGCAACAAGAUGAUUAGCAAAAUGGCAAAAUGAUUAGAUUUUUAUUUAUUUAUUUGAAGUGAAUUAUUUUUAUUUCACGUACUGUUUUUUUGUUUUUAGUUUAUUUUUUUUUUAUAGGUUAGAACACCUAGUGUACAUGUGUGUACCCUUCUUCUCAUCAGAUUCCGUUAACAAAAAAUUACAGUUAAGGUGUAACUGAAAACCCAGUAUGACUAUGUAUUCUGAUACAGGAAUGUUGAUCUUAUGGUCUACUAUUUAUUUUUAAGGCAGUGAACUAUCAUUUUUAGUGCACAUCCAAAUAACUCGGUUAUCACUGUCUUUGCAGUGUUCUGUCAUUUUAGCCACGAUGCAAAUUGCAGACUGAAAGCAGACAACCAUGGUAUUGGCUUGUACAACUAGCAUAUACUUCAUCCCCUUACUGUAGCACACACACAAAUACACAAACACACACCACCAUUCACAUGGUGGCAUUUUUUCGCAAUUCUCCGCAUUUUAACUCACAUGAUUCGAGUCAUCAGCUAAGUAACAUGUCUGAACUAGGUUUAACCAGAGUAGUUGGUGGAGGAAAAACUCCAGUUCUCAGCCAGGCUUAAGAAACACCAACAUGCUCUGAAAUACAAUUCAGCUUUGUUAUAUAUCUACCAUCUAGAGAGGAAAAUUAAGUGUUCAGAUCAUUUGUGGCAUAUUGUUCAUUCUCAGCACUUGAACCACACUAAACUCUCAGGACACGUGCCAGUCUGUGGGCGUGUAAUACGAGACAGUUGUGAUUAAAUACUGUGCUAUGUACUAAUUUGUGGGUUUUUUUUUUUUUUUUUGUAUUUUGUCUGUAUAUCUGUUGCUUUAAAUAACAAUGAAUGUUUAAUCCAGGAAAUCUAGUCUAGUGUAGUCUGUAUAAUUUUCAUUAAUAUAUUUGUCUAUAUUAUAGAGCUGCCAUUGAUUAUCAUACACUAUAGGGUCUGUCAAUUUUCUGUUUUUCUUUUUUCUUUAUUUAUUUUUUUCCCCAUAAGCUUAUUCUUGAUUAAAAAUGAAGGUUACUUUA